AGUCUAUAUAUAUAUAUACAUACAUACACCGGCCGACGAUCAGUCAAUUACCUGUAUCAGCAGUGGCAUUUACAUUCUGUUAUCAUUGCUUAGCAAGACAUGCCUCCCAAGAGAAAAGCACCUGCCAAAGCAAAGGCGGGAGGAAAGAAAGCCAAAGUCAGUGCUCCAGAGGAGGAGGAUAAACCCCAAACCACGCAGGACGUCAUCGCUAAACUUAAGGCCGCAGAAAACAAGUCUGGUAAGAAGAAGAGAAAAGUGGAUAGCUUCGUGCCUCAGGCCAACACUUAUGAGGUAUUUGAAGAUUACGAUUGCAUGCUGAACCAAACAAAUAUCGGCCACAAUAAUAACAAAUAUUACGUUAUCCAAGUCCUGAAAAGGCUUGGUUCUCCCACCUUUUACGCUUGGAAUCGAUGGGGACGAGUGGGUGAGGCAGGUGCCAACGCAAUGAAAGGACCUUUCAACACAGCCGAUGCUGCAAUCAAGGAUUUCACCAAAAAGUUCCAAGACAAGACUAAAAAUAAAUGGGACAACAAGGACUCUUUUUCUCCGGUGAAAGGGAAGUAUACAAUGAUUGAAAUGUCUCUGGAGGACGAAGACGAGACAGACGCCCCUGUUGAAGUUAAAUCGAAGUCCUCCGGACCGACAGAAAAGUGUACACUGGACGCACCCACCCAGUCCCUCCUGAAACUCAUCUUUGAUCAUGAUAUGUUCAAGGACGCAAUGAAGAGUUUUGACAUUGAUGUAAAGAAAAUGCCAUUAGGAAAACUGAGCAAAACACAAAUCGCUAAGGGAUUCGAGGUCCUGGAAGAGCUAGAAAAAGCAAUAGAUUCAAGAAAUAAUACAAAAAUGAUGGAACUGUCCUCCAAGUUUUACACAGUUAUCCCCCAUGAUUUUGGGAGGAGAGUUCCUCCUGUAAUGAGGACAUUAGAAGCUGUUCGUCAGAAAUACGACAUGUUGUUGGUUUUGGGCGACAUAGAAAUUGCACAGACUCUUGAAAAGGAAAGAGAAAAAGUCGCAUCGGAAUCUGAAAAGCAGCCUCAUCCCCUGGAUGUUGAUUACAAUCUACUGAAGUGUGAACUCAAACAUCUAGACCCCAAAUCCAAGGAAUAUAAGGUUUUGGAGACGUAUACAAAAGAGACUGGAAACAAAGGGGGCUGGAGGGUGCCUAAAAUCAAACACAUCUGGUCCAUGCGGAGGGAGGGGGAGGAAAAACGAUUUAAAGCACAUGAUAAAAUUACCAACAGAAAACUUCUGUGGCACGGGACGAAUGUGGCGGUGGUAGCGGCCAUCUUAAAGAGCGGCCUGCGGAUCAUGCCCCACAGUGGUGGGCGUGUCGGAAGCGGAAUUUAUUUUGCUUCCGAAAACAGCAAAUCCGCCGGGUAUGUGCAAUGUGCUGGUAAAACUGGUAUAAUGUUUUUGAAUGAAGUAGCACUGGGAAAAGAGCACCACAUUACGCGAGAUGAUUGGACCUUAAAAGCAGCGCCCGCUGGGCAUGACUGUAUCAUUGCGAAGGGAUGGACUGAGCCUGAUCCAAAUAAGAACACAAAGAUCAAACUGGACGGUAAGGAUGUCGUUGUACCUCAGGGGGUACCCCUCUCUCAGCCGGAGUACGCUAACAAGAGCAAUUUUAGCCAGAGCGAGUACCUUGUUUAUAGGGAGAGCCAGAACAUGAUGAGGUACCUCGUAAUGGUGGACUUCUAGAAACUGCCUUUAAUAUGUUACAUCCUGGUGUAUUCAAAGGACUCUUGAGGGGGUGGGGUGGGUUUUGCCAGCAUAGUAGUCAACUAGUAUAGGAGAAAAUAAUGAAGUGUCUGUUUAGUCCUGUUAUGUGUGUGGUGAACUCUGAUAGGCUUAUUUCCGUUUCUGUCGUGUUGAGAAACCCAUCUUUUUAAAAAAUAUUAGUUUUGAUUGUUGUUAGAAAAUAUUUCCUAAUGAAUAUUGUUCAAGUUGUUAAGUACAUGUAUUAUGCGAGCGUACGUAAACAUGCAGAUUUUUGAGCGUAUAAUUUCUUACUUCUGCUUAAGACGUACUCUAGACUCUUUGGGAGGAAAAAAAAUGUAUAAUUAUAAUAUGUAUGACAAACAGCCUCAAUACCAACAGAAAGGAAUAUAUUAUAGAACUCUCCACAUGUCUGCUUAUAAAGCUCCAUGACAAGAACAUUUAUUAGAGAAUCAAAUUAUAUCAAAGAACAUUAUUCUAUGAUUAUUCACAUUUCAUAAUCCUCUUGUAGGAUCACAAGAAUUUCGUAAUACACGUUUGUUUUACAUAAUUAUACAAUGUGUAUUAUCGAUACCUUCACUUGUAUAUAUUUAAAGAGCAUUGUCUGACUAAAUAUCAAUACAUAAGAAGUCAGUACGUAUACGAUAGGUAAUCAUCAUAAAAUAUGCAUGAUUCUUUUUUUUUUUACUUUCAUGUAGCAUGUGUAAAUUGCAUAUUUUAUUCCACAAAGCCGGGAAAUCUUGUUUGAUAGAUGACUGUGGUUGCAUUACUUUUGUUUAUCUUAACCUAUGAUUAUAAAAGUAAAAUCCUCGAACAGUACUUAUUUUAUAGAUCUUUAAAAUUGUUUUCAAACAUUAUGCCAUAUUUAGGAAUGUGUAGUCUAAUAGAAUUCCGAAAUUUGUAUUUUAGUGAUGUGUUUUUAUUUAUUAUUAUUUUUGAGAUUUAAUUUAUACACUUUGAAAGAAACUUUUAAUUAUAAUUUAUGUCUCUUAAUUAUGCUUUUAUUAAUUUUACUAUUCAUUCAAAGGUAUUUAUGUAUUAAAUGGUGUAUUCUAAGUUUUAACACUACUAAAUCACCGGUUUAUUUA